AUGUCGGCUCGAGAAGGGGCUCCCACAGAGCUUCCACUGUCUAUGAAGACUAAAUCGCCCGAGUCGUUUUUGUUCACUUCUCUCUUGAAGCUGGUGCUCGGAGAGCAGGCGGCAUAUGUGUUUGGCAUUCUUCUAGAUCACAAAAGACUCACUUUACCCCAAUUGCAGAAGCUGUGCAAGAUGAAGUUGUCGGCGGUUAAAAAGUCGCUUGUUUCUCUUCUGCAACUGGAAUGUGCCGUGUAUUUCGAGGAAACCAAUUUUAUCACCGAUAAAUCACAGACAUACUACUCGUCUUCGUUCUCUGGUUGCUACAAGUUUCUGUAUGCCAACGCCAUUAUAAACGAUAUUCAUCGCGACUACGGUGAACUUCAUGCUGCCAUAGUCCAACAGGUUCUGGUGAAUGGACAUUUGACCAUCGGAGAGUACCUCAAGAAUGUGGAUGGAGCAGCCCGGGCGGAAGAGACAGAAAGGGCAUUUUCAAUCCUUGUCAUUGAAAAAUGGCUGAUUCCAAUAGACGAGUUGCAUUUCCAGAGCAGGUACGAUCUUUUUCACAAAGCCUAUCAUCAGCAAACAGCUAUUUUCAACGCGGAAAAUAAGGGAAAGGCGAUUUCCCAGGCAAAAAAGCUGCAGGUGAUCAAGGAGGAAACCAGAAGAAAACAUCAACAGCUCAUGAGCGAGGACAAAGUCCGCUCGCAGCUUUUUCAAUCAGACUCGAAUUCGAUGUUUCCAAAGGUCAACCCGGAAAUUCCUCUGACGUUUAGCCUCAAUAGAUACUUGAAAAGAUUACGAUCUUUGCAUUUUGCCUCAGAAGCCAGACACAAGGUGGGCGAGAUCUCUUCUAGGCUUUAUGCUGUUAUACUUAAUCGACUGGAAGCCAAGUCUGCGGAGGUCGAUAACCCAGAGCUCAGGCUGGAGAAAUAUCUUGCCAACGUCGGACAGUCGGGAGUUGGCCUCGAUCCGCGUGUCGUGGAGCAGGUUCGUGGUCGGUACGAGUUGAAAGAUCAGGAGAGGGGCAUGAAUAUAACUGUUAGUGAGCUCUACAAGGAGCUCUUGAGAAACGGUGAGAAGUUCGGCGUUACUGUCGAAAGCGUGAAAAACACAAUUGCUGAUCCAUCGUUGGAAUUUGGUCGUAAGCGGAAAAACGAGGACUCCAAUGGAUUUCCUGGUGCGAAAAAGGUCAAGAUUGAGGUGGAUGAGGUUCUGGAGAGACUCGGAUCUCAUGAUUCGGAUGACGAAAAUGAGAAUGAUGACCCAGAUAACCCGGACCCGCGCAUUAUGUCCACUCUCCUGCAGCAUCUGAAGCUUCUGGCCUCUGAUCCCAAAUUCCCCUUCCUUAUCGAGACAGAUAUGGGACAGUUCCAUGUACCUUACACACGUCUGUCUCCAAUAUUGGCCAAACAUGUGUUCAAGCAGUACGUCAAAGCCAUCAUAGGACCUGACGCUCUAAAAGUGUUGAAUUGUAUCGAAGAUAAACGGCUUGCAGACGAAAAGGCGGUGAGCAAGCUUGUGCUGAUGAAGGAGGCCUCCGUUAGAAACAUUCUGAGUCGCUUGCUCAAGUUUAACAUUAUAGAAUUGCAGGAGAUUCCAAAAACGCAAGACCGGUCUGCGAUGCGGUCCGUGUAUGCAUUUAGAUUCAGGCCCCAGCCAGCUAUUGAAAUGUUCAAAAAGUCUAUCCUGUUCAAUAUGGGCGAAGUUUUGGAGAAACUAGAGCAUUACAAAAAGCAGAACAAAAUUCUGCUGGAUAAAGUCAACAGAGAAGACGUGAAGGGCAGAGAACAAGAACUUCUGCUUCCGUCCGAGCUGAAACAGCUAGAGCAAUACUACGAGUACGAAAGCACCUGGAUCACGAAAUUUGGUAGACUCCGUACUGCCAUUGACGUUUUCGAGUUUCUAACGACAUAA